AUGGCUGCCUCGGCCAAAUCGCCAAGCGGGAGCGGGCCGAUCCAGAUUGAUGCGGACAUCGACAAUGCGGCUGGGCACGAAAGUGACAACCGCUCAGGGAGGCCAAACCCGCUAAAGAAAAGGGAAAGACCAGCUGACGCAGACGAGACUGGACCUGCAGGCAUCCUCACCCUUGCGGACCUGCAGCUUGCACUAGCGCCAGUUAUACAGGGAUUGCAGAACGUCCAGGAAAGAAUGCAGACAGUAGAGAACCAGGUGUCAGAAAAGCUGGAUAGCACGUUGAGCAUGGUGAAGACGCUGGACGACAGACAAAUAGAACAGGGAAUGGAGAUUCAAAAGAUUGCCAGCAGCCUGCAGAACCAGGAACAGAGCCAACAUGCGCAAGCACGGGAAAUGAAGGAAUUGAUCGCCAGGUUGGAGGCACUGGAACAGCAAUGCACUACCACAGUUUGGAAAACAGGCACUGGGAUGAUGAAGGAUGAGGGGGGACGCAGCCCUGCCCUGAUCAUUGGCGGAUGGCCCGAAGACCAGGAGGCGGAGACGACAACCCGUAUGGCGCGGGAAUACGUCCAGAAGUUGGGAGUGCCGAUCGACGUCCAGGGACUGUUUACGCCGGGUGUGCGCCGUGGAUACUCUAUACUGCCGGUGGAAGCCAGAGAGGGCGAGGACUCCAGAGCACUAUAUCAAAGACUCGUGGGAGUGGUUUCCCUGGCCAGAAACGUUAAGGAGCACACCGAGGCCAAGAACGGCAAGGGACAUCCCAAGCAAGUUUGGGUGGCGAUAUCGGAACCGCCUGAGCAGAGGCGCAAGUCGCGCUUUGCAGGAAAAGUGAAGCGCCUAGUGCUGGAAGCAGCAGAAACGCUGGCCAAAACCAUCCAGGUACAGGCGGAGUACCGGGCAGGAACAGUGUGGGUAGAAGGCAAAAGAGUGGCAAGCGCCACAGCGCCGAAGAUGGCGGCUGCCCUGGAUGACGAGUAUGGUUGGAUUGACGUGGCCCAGAUCGCGAAGAGUUUGGUAGCCCCGACCAUUUUCCCGCAAGAGAGGGGAACUGCACCGGAAGGGGAGCACUCGCCUCUCCCCGUGCCUCCUGGCGUCGAGACGCCGCAGACGCCCCCGGAACUGCAGUCUCCGGGACCUGGCGAGGAGAAUGAGACUCUGGGCCCUGCAAAUCGGCCCGCCUCCUGGGUCGAGGUGGAAGGAGAAACCAUGGAAGAACUCCAGCGAGAGCUUGAGGUCGUGACCUGUGCAAAGCCGUGUGCGUCCAUCGAGACGCAGACGGAAGGUGAUGCUGAAGAGGUGCCGGAGGACUGUGCAGACCGCUGGUUCUCCGGCUUUGUCGACGACCUUCCAGCACGCAAUGCUCAGUCCAGCACGAAGGCUGCCACAGGCCCUAUUGCAGAGGCAGAUGGCUCCUCCGACUCCGGCUCAGACAGCAGUGAUGAUGAUGAGGCUGCCUUGAUCUUAGUUUUAUUACUGGCCUGGCUGCACACCUCCUAUGUUGGUCGAGCAAGCUGCUUACCGGACGUGCUUCAGCGAGCGGGGCUUUGGAACGAAAGCGCUUCGAAGCCUCUUUUGCCAGAAGACGCAAUUCUGUACUUGACAGUAAACCUUGGAGAUGGCAUCACUGGGCUAACUAUGGUUGAGGCCUCCAAAGGGCCAACCUCGGGUAACCAAAGCAGCGCAGCAAAACGGCUAGAAGAUUCCUCGGAUGUCCUGGCCAGCUAUCGCUUUGCCCUGGACCGGGAGAUUGUACAAAUGAGAAAAUCCGUCUUUCAGAAGCACAACUUUGCAGUCCACAAUGUCUCACUGACCCAGGCUUGCCUUUCCACUUCCACAGCCCUGGCGGAUGCCUUGAAUUUCUUCAAUUCCUGGGAUGGCCUGGUGAUUAAUGAGUUGGCCUACAGCCUGCGGUCGCGUGGAUACCUGGAACGGAUGGAUGGUGAACAGGUCCUUGAGGCUUGGGCCUGGACCUUGGAUCAGGUAGAGUCCCCGAAUCCAGAGCAAGGGCGCUCCUUGCUGGCCUCUCUUUUGCGCAAGGUUGUCAUACUCCUUAGCGCGGCGCUGUCCUUCGCAUUGAUCUCUGCUGUUACAGGGCUGUUUAUCCGCAUAGCAGUCCAUGGCUCUGCGGUGCUCAUGUUCCCCCUGGCAUUGGCUGCCCAAUCCCUGGGCCUGAGUCCUUCUCGCAUGUCGGUGAAUAUACUCUCACGAAGCUUUCCCUGGAUCGGCGUGCAUGUUGACGUUCUGCGUCGCGGAGGUCGCCCUGUGUGGCCUCUGCUUCGGUCGCACAUGGCAUUUCUGCUGGUGCAAUCCUUCGCUUAUUUGAGCUGCAAUCUUGCUUGGAGAUUUCUUCUCUACAGAAAGUCCUCUCCAGAGGGCUUCGAGGAGAACAUUUUCAGUUUGUGCUCCCUGCUCGAGCUUUUCAACUUGAUUUUUGUGCGAUCGCCCGCAUCAGCUGCACUGUAUCCCAAGGUUGCCAGUGCCUCUGUCAUUUAUCUUCACUUUUACAUAUUCUGCUCUCUCUAUCCGUUUCAUGGCUUGGCAUUUCUGACCUGUUCCGGAGCCUGUGCCUAUGUCAUGGUCUACUGCUUGAAUCAUUUCGAAGAGCCAGCACUUCGCGCCGACCCGUUCAGCAAUACGACGCCCACUGUGGCGCAUCCACGAGCUUUGUACCUGCCUUUGCUGUCGCCCUCGUGGACAAUUGAGGCGGCACCGUUGUGGACCAUGUUCUAUCCACCCGAGCAUGCCUCCACUUUCCCGGAGGAUGCCAUGCGUCACAUACAGAGUGAAGAGUACAACAUGCCGUGA